AUGUACGUUUUCACAUUACUCGUCGUUGUGGUUGAUAGUGCGUGGCUAAACGUCGGCUCGCAGGACAUUGCUCAUCAGCGAAACGGGUUUGACCUCACACCUGAAGAGCUUGCUGAGUGGUAUAUGAAACUCCAAACUGUUGGAAAUGUUCAUAAUAUCAACCUUAUUACUCCGGAACAUGUCGUUCCUCAGGUUGUCUUGUCAAUUUUAAAUGCACGAGACAUGGGGUUAAAUAUUCCGAUUAUAUACAACACGUCUUCAUUUGACUCUCUUGACUCGCUGAAGCUUCUAGAUGGGCUGGUAGAUAUAUACCUGCCUGACUUUAAGGUAUGGAAGGACAGUACGUCGAAAAGGCUGCUUAAGGCAGAUAACUAUACAGCCACAGCAAUGGAGAGCAUCAAGGCAAUGCAUGCUCAGGUUGGAGAUUUAUCAUUUACAGCAGAUGGCGUUGCGAAGCAAGGGGUUCUUCUCCGUCACCUUGUUAUGCCUGGAAUGGAAGACGAGGGAAUAGAGAUUGUCAAGUGGCUCGCCAACAAUGUGUCGAAGGAUAUGUACGUGCAUAUCAUGGAACAGUAUCAUCCAGAUGCACAUGUUGGAAAGAAGAAGAGGGCAAAAAUCAAGGAUUCUGGGGCAGAAGGGCAGACAGUACGGUACAGUGAUAUAAAUCGACAUGUCACGGACAAGGAACUCGGUGCCGUACAACUUGCCGCCAGGGAAGCUGGCCUCUGGAGAUUCUGUGAGCCCGCAGAACACGGUGGGUUCCACCUCUAA